CUGAUGUAUACACAUAUUCUGAUAAGAACGCAAUUUACCGUUUGUUGAUUGCAAAAAACGUUAAUUUUUGAGUUAAAAAAUGCCUUAAACGACGGAUCAAAAGUGCCAUGUGAACUAACUGAGUGCCAUAAUGUGUGAGAAUGGAGCACAAAUCAAAAACCAGCCCAGUAUCUUAAGAGGACCGUAACAAAGCCGAAUCUAGUCCAAGAGAAUUUGCAGCACGACUAACUACCACCCACACCCACACACCCUCCCACACACAAUGUCAAACGAUGUGCAAAUAGCAGCAGACGCCAAGAUUGGGAUCGAGGUGCACCGGCGGAAUGACAAACAGCAGCAGCCACACCAGCGGGAGGUCACAGGAAUCUCGAAGAAUGCUGCUGGCAGCGUCGUUGGCGAAGACAUUGAAUAUGUUUUUGGCAGCAUAUCGCCGCGGGGAGGCUGCACCAAUGCCAAGCACCUAGUGGGCACCUACGAGCCGGAGUCGCCGGAGCUCACGCCACGCGACACUACCGAAAGUGACAUCAAUAUUUCGAGCUGCUCCACGCUGGACAUUGUCAAUAAAGUGGAGCAAUUGUCGGUGCAGCAGCUGGAGAACCGUGUCCGCGAGCUGACACAGCGCUUGCAGCAGGCGGAGCGCCAAUUGUCGGAGAGCAAUGCGGAGAGGGAAAUGUGCCACAAGCGUUUGGAGGUGGUCAGUCAGGCGCACGAAUGUCGCAUCACAGAGAUGCACUGCGUCAUUGCGGAGCUGAGCAAAAAACUGCGCUCCAAGCAGGAUCAUAUCAUAGUCGAGGAGCAGGAGCCCGAGGGCAGUGAGCUGAGCUAUCAGGAUGGUUCUGUGUACAACUCGGAACUGAAUCUGACCAAUCCAGAUGAAGAGUGUCAGACGGAGCCACUGGAAGAUCUCUACAGCGCUGCUAGCGUGGAUAAAAUCGGCCUUAAGCCACAGGAGCUGGGCAACAAAGGACAGCUGGACGCUCUGCAGGAAGAAGUUUUGCAUUUGAGGGCUAAGAUCGCCUUGCUCCAGUCAGAGAUUGCUACCAAGGAUGCGGCUGUCGUUGAAGAGCAGACCAAGGUGGACUUUUUUGCCUGUGAACAAGAGGCCAACGAGAGUGGACAGCGACUUAACGAUCUGAAUGCUUGUGUUUCUCUGACCAGCCCACAGAAGCGAGUGCCUGCCGUGCCCAAAAUGGCCGAACGGGUUAAAUUGCGCUGCGCCAGCAAGAACGAACAAGACGAAGAACCAACCAGCGAUGCACACACGGAGCUGAGCAACGAGCACAUCAACUUAGUGGAGCAUUUGGUUAGCGAACUGAAGGAACAAAACUCUUUCAUGGACAGCGUCAUGGAGCCGAUGCACCUGAGCAAAGAUCUGGAGCCACAUCAGCGUAAAAUGGAGUAUCUGAAGAUGCGAAACACAAUUCUGGCCAUGACGCUGGACGAGUCGAAAGAGCACACCGAACAUUUGUACUUGCUGUGCGGCAAAUACGAGUCGAAUGCGGUGGCCCUUCAGUUGGCGCUCAACUGCAGCGAUCGCGCCAUCGAGGCCUAUGAUGUCAUGCUGGCACUGUUGGAGACCAAGUUGGCGCUUCUGAGCGAUAAAUCAGCGGCAGCGGAGGAGAGCCGCCGUUCGGUUGAGGCGGUGGCCAAGCAUCUGUUGGCUCGCCUGGACAGCGAGAAGAAUGUGUGCGAGAACAGUCUGGGCCCAUGGCAGCACAAUAUAAAUCUGGGAGCAGAUGAUGACCCGAAGAGUGCCCGGCCAUGGUGUACCGACGAUGACAAUCGUCUGCGCAAUCACGUCUCGAAGCUCAAGGGGCGCCGCUCGACGGUGCAGCAUACAAUUGUCAAUCUGGAAUCACCGUUCAGCGAUGUAUACGAACGGAAGCGUCUGGCCUUGGAGAAGGGGCACGAGUACAAGAAGUCGCCCAUCGAUUUAGAUACGGCCGUCAUCAUGCAGGAGCUGCUCGAGUUGCAGGACGAGAAUAUGGAACUAAAGACCAAAAUAAAUGAAGCUGAGCAGGAUCGACAGCAUUCCAAAGAGCGAGUGGCCAUACUGCACGUUGCCCUCCAGCAGCUGCAGCUGGCGAAUCGAGUCUCCUACUCGGAGGCCGAGCAUUCAGCGGUCACCGAGCAACAGUUGGUCGAGGCCCUAACCCGCGAAACAGAACUAAAGGGUCGCCUCCAGACGCUUCUGGCCAACUUUACGUCCUCGCAACGAGCCUCCGAGGAGAAGUACGAGGAGCUGCAACAGAGCGUACGCGAGCUGCAGCAGUCGAACCACAAUUUGGGACAAAUGUUGGAGGCCAGCAGGCGCAAGUAUCAGGCGAGGGUAAAUAAACUGGAGCAGAGGAUUGCAGACUUGCGGCUGGACCAUGAGCAAUGCAACAAGCAUGUUCCUGAGACAACGCUGUAGAUGUAAGGAUGUCUUUAUACUGACUGUCACCCAAAGAAGUGGAUGGUGGAUGAGCGGGGGCUGUGCACUAAGAACCUUUCUCUACCCGAUCAUAUCGCUUCUGCUACCGCUAUUCCCACCAUUAUCCGAGGCACCGCCCGCUCCGCAUCCAUCCCCUCUCGGGUGUCGCGUCAGGACCAAGGACAGUAUCACGAAUGUGCCAUGCGACUAACUUGUAGCCGGUGGCUAGGCCCCGCGGCGGAUCAGGCUGGAUAAACUACAUACAUAUUUACGUAAACAUAUAAACAUGGUGCCAUGGGAACUAAGCUCCAAGUUGAAUCUUAUUUGAGCUGGGAGCUGGCUUCUGGGCGCCACAAAGCAAUUACAUAUACACAUACAUACGAUUAGACAAAACGAAACAAAGAAGUUACUCACGACGACGCGUACACGGGAAUCCUAUAUUUAUACAACGUAUUCGAAUUAUGCUGCUUGUUAUAUGAACUCUAUAUGUAUUUAAACUUGUACAAAUUAUAUGUCUACUGAAUCUAGUA